AUGGGGGGUUCCGUAAUCUCCGCUUCCUUCCUGUUGUCACUGUUUAUCACAAACCUUGUGUAUGAAUACAUUCAUACAUUUAACUCGCUAAAAUUGAAACACAAGAAAGAUGCAAAUAACAGCGGAAAUCUUCUGCAUUUUUUUUUGCACAUUCAAAUUUUGAAGGACAUAAUUUUGUUGUCUAUAGUUAAUUUCUUUAUAAAAGUGAAACUGUUCUUUCACUGCGUUGUAAGAUAUAUCCUUUUUAACAGAAAGAAGUAUAUCCCGGCCGGAAGCCAAGAUAAACGAAUUGUAGGUGCGGACAAGCAUUCCGUUGGUGGGGACAGCAAUUACGUCGAUGCGCAUAACGAAGGAGAUUUCAACAAAAGGAAAAAUGUUCAAGUGAAGACAAUUUACUUCAUAAGGCAUAGCGAGUCCGUCUGGAAUAGCGUUUUUAAUAGAAGACUCACAACAAGGACAUUUCUAAAUUUAUUCCUAGUCUUCGUCUACGAAAUUUUCUUCUUCUUCAGUAAAAAGUCGGUCCUUGUAGAUUCCCCACUCAGUAACACAGGAAUUAUUCAGUCCAUUGAAUUAUCAAACUUUCUGCAGCAGGAAAAAAAUGGAACAAAAAAUGGAGAUAAACUUUGCGUCGCUCCGAUAAGCGCACUCAAUAGGGAAGAUGAACAGACACGCGUUGACGAAGAUGAAGAUGUCGAAAUGGCAGAUAUGAAUAAUCAAAUGGGGGAUAGCGCAGAUGGUGAUGAUGGGGAGAACGACUCUAAUGACAAUUCUUCUCCAAAUCAGAACAAUGACAGUGCGAACUAUGCACAUAAGAACACUGGGGACGAUGGUCCUGUCGUCGAUUAUGUACAUGCAGGUAAUGGAAGGGCAGAAAAUAGUACGGGCCAAAUUCUAAGAAAAAGAAGAGCUGGUCAAGAUGCGGACUCAAACGCAAAUGCAAAUGCAAGUACGAACAGAGGCACAUACCAAGAUGGAAAUGCAUAUACUGAUCCCGAAUCGAUGCUGAACCGAAGUGACACCCAUGUGGAUGAUAAUCAUCUUAAUAACCAGAAGGACCAUCCAAAUGAUCUUCAAAUGAAUAGGAACUAUUACCAAGAAAAGUACAACCCUAGGGAAAUCAUAAACCAAAAUCUGAAGGAUCAUAUUGACAUCCUCAACAGCAGUGUAAAAUAUCCAAGUGCCAUUUUGUGCUCAGAUUUAAGAAGGGCAAUAUCAAGCUGCUUCAUAGCCCUCUACAACAGGAUAAAUAAAAAUAACGAACCAAUCCAGGUACUUAAUUCACUACAAGAAAUCAGCAGAAAUCCAGACUGCGUUUCGCUUUUCGAUUUUCACGACAAUAAAUAUAUUAGCACAGAUGUUGAGAAAUUUGUACACAAAGAUGUAGAGAAAAAUUGUGUAAAAAAUAUACGAAUUAAAAGAAAUUUUGUAAAUAACAAAUUUUUGGAUACCCUCUCAUACAUUUUUAAUAAUGACAAGAAUAUAUUUAUCAUAUUUGGCCACAGUUUGUGGUUCCUCCUCUUUUUCAAGUACUUCCUGAAGCAGCCUCACAAGGCUAAAACGCACAAAAUGCAAAACUCGGGGAUCGUUGUUUUUAAUAUAAUUAAGUAUGACCAGGAUAACAAAGUCAAUUACGAAAUUGAGAAGGACAGCGUGCGUGUGCUGUAUAAGGGAUUUCUCGACGAGGAAUACAACAAGUUUGACUAG